AUGCAUUACGCCAUCAGUAAGCAGGAAGAAAAAGAAAAACUACUGGAAAAAGAACUAAUGAAUAAUCGAGGGCGGAGUGAACUUAAAGGUUUACGCCGACUGGUCCCGCCACGAUUUUCUGCCGCCUGCGCAGAGCUGGAGCAAGUUUUUGUGUUCGCGAUUCGGCUGCAGCUUGAUGUUCAAUUGAUCAGCAUGUUGGGCUAA